AUGCUGGCUGCAGUCCAGCCAGCCCUCUGCCCUUUCCUGAGCCUGAGGGACUGCCACCUCCACUCUGUGCACGCUCAGCCGCAGGAUACAGUAAGUACAGAUACCACAACGGGAGGUCCCGUGGGCUUGAGGGCAUGUGAGGCCAGGAGAGGAUGGACUCUAGAGUUACGGGGUUUGGAGGCUGCAAAGCUCUAGAGGAGUCUCACCUUUGCAGUGUCGGGUAAUAAGCAGGGGCUCCCAAGGCAGCAGAGAACAAAGGACAGCCGCCAUGCAGCUCUUCCUCUUCUUGUGCCUGGUGCUUCUCAGCCCUCCGGGGGCCUCCCUCUACCGCCACCACUCCCGGGAGGUGAAGAAUAGAGUCAAGGACCUCCAUGUAGGUGACAUGGUGGCCCCCAGCAGCAGAAAGGACUUCACCUUUGACCUCUACAGGGCCCUGGCUGCCACUGCCCCCAGCCAGAACGUCGUCUUCUCCCCCGUGAGUGUCUCCAUGAGCCUGGCCAUGCUCUCCCUUGGGGCUGGGUCCAGCACCAAGACACAGAUCCUGGAGGGUCUGGGCCUCAACCUGCAGGAGGGCUCGGAGGAGGAGCUGCACAGAGGCUUCCAGCAGCUCCUGCAGGAGCUCAACCAGCCCAGAGAUGGCUUCCAGCUGAGCCUUGGCAACGCCCUGUUUACAGACCCAGUGAUGGACGUGCGGGACACCUUCCUGAGUGCCAUGAAGACGAUGUACUUGUCGGACACUUUCCCCACUAACUUUAGGGACUCUGUGGGGGCCCUGAAACAGAUCAAUGAUUAUGUGGCAAAGCAAACAAAGGGCAAGAUUGUGGACUUGCUUAAGAACCUCGACAGCAACGCAGUCAUGGUCAUGGUGAAUUACAUCUUCUUUAAAGCUAAGUGGGAGACAAGCUUCAACCACAAAGACACCCAAGAGCAAGACUUCUAUGUGACCUCGGAGACUGUGGUGCGGGUACCCAUGAUGAGCCAUGAGGAUCACUAUUACUACUUCCUGGACCGGAACCUCUCCUGCAGGGUGGUGGGGGUCCCCUACCAAGGCAACGCCACAGCUUUGUUCAUUCUCCCCGGCGAGGGAAAGAUGCAGCAGGUGGAGAAUGGACUGAGUGAGAAAACGCUGAGGAAAUGGCUUAAGAUGCUCAGAAAGAGGCAGUUCGAGCUUUACCUUCCCAAAUUCUCCAUUGAGGGCUCCUAUCAGCUGGAUAAAGUCCUCCCCAAGCUAGGAAUCAGUGAUGUCUUCACCUCCCAUGCUGACCUGUCCGGCAUCAGCAACCACUCAAACAUCCAGGUGUCUGAGAUGGUGCACAAAGCUGUGGUGGAGGUGGACGAGUCCGGGACCAGAGCGGCAGCAGCCAUGGGGACAAUCUUCACAUUCAGGUCGGCCCAACUGAGCUCUCCGAGGAUAGUGUUCAACAGGCCCUUUCUGAUGUUCAUUGUGGAGAACAAUAUCCUCUUCCUUGGCAAAGUGAACCGCCCCUGAGGUGGGGCUUCUCCUGAAAUCUACAGGCCUCGGGGUGGGAGAUGAAGGUGGGUGUGCUAUGGCCCAUCCGUAUGCUGGUAGCUAGUGAUUUAUACUGGUUUAGUUGACUAAUGAGGAAUUACAGACAAUAAAAUUACUAAAUAAUGAUUGCUUCCACCCACACAACCACAAGAUACAGGUGCCUUGGGGAAACUUGGAGAACAUUCAGUCUUGCCCUCACUAUUUAUCAAGAUUGGCAUUGAGAUCCAGAGGGGCGGGUUGACUUGCUCAAGUUCACCAGCAUGUUAGUGGAGGAGACAGGUCCAGAGUCCAGGCCCUUGAGGCCCAGCUCGGUGCCACAAAGCUCAGGAGGACGGUUCCACUGGGCGAGGGCCACCAGGAAGCACACGUCCAAGGCUCGUCCCCACCUAUCAGCAACAACUGUCAGUUCAUCCUGUAUGAGAAAAAUACUGGAAUGGGAGUCUGAAAUGGGGCACUCUUUUAGCCCUAACCUGCUGUGUGACAUUGGGGCAACAUUUUUUCUCUCUGGACCUCAGUUUCCCUUUGUAUUCAGGAGCAGAGUCCUGCUGUGAUCCAAGGACUUCUGAAAUCAUAUACAAAGGCUGAGAUGUGCCCUGUCACACAUGGUUGAUUUCAAAACACUCAAGAGCCAUCCAUCUUAUAAGAAAUAUAUCUGGAUACCAGGGUGGACAUGGCCCACUUGAUGAUUGAUUAUAUUAUCAUCUUGUGGAUAUGGUUACAAUCUUAUGGGCCUGGAAGGGAGUGGAAGAAGGAAGCCUGUUGCAAAGAGUAGACUAUGAGUUGCAAGUGUCAAUAACUUUUUGAAAUUUAUGUUGGCAUUAACAAUAAAGCCUUUUGCAAACACCGGUUAUGACUGUUUUUAUGGAGUCACCUCUGCGAAUGGGGUCAUGAGAGCUUACCAUGCUCCAGGCCAGGUGCCUGGCCCUUCAACUAGAUGGACACAUUUGCCCCUCAUAGGACUCCUAUGAAGAAAGGCACCACUGCUAUCCCCGUUUCACAGGUGGGAAAGGCAAGGCUUGGAGUGGUUAGGCGGCUUACCCAGUCACACAGCUCCUAAGUGGUGCAGCAAGAAUUCGGUGGGGGGAGUGUGGCCCAGAGCUAUACACUCAGUCCUGUGCUGUGCUGUGGAGGAGAGUUGACCAGGAGCAGAAGGCUCAUUUGGGGGCAUCUCAAGCACCAGAUUCCCACUGAGCCGGGUAAGUUCCCUCCCUCCCUCCACUAAGCAACCCGUGUUUCCUGCUCUGUGAAAUGAAGAGGAUCAGACACUCAUAACCAAAUGAAUGGGUGAGUCCUUCACUGCUCCCAAGUCUAACCCACUGUGCGCCUGCCCACCCCAUUCUGCAUGCUCUCAGCAUGCUUCCAUGAAGCUGUGCCCCCUCACCUCAGAUUCUAGAGUGUGGAUUGUAUCAGAGAUGAGUGCCCACUAGAGGUAAAAAGGUCAGGACCCCAAGCCCUGUCCAUCCCCAAAGUACUGAGGCCUCACAUUCCAUUACAUUCCACUCCACUCUGAAGUGCACCUGCCCACCCCAUUUUUGCACCUGUGAUCUCACCCAUCCCUUGACACUUGCACCAUGCCAGACACUUUGCACCUGUGAUCUCACCCAUCCCUUGACCAACCAGCAAAGUCUACCAUUGUUCCCAUUUUAUAGACAAGAGCAUAAGUGCUUUCCUAGGGCCCCACAGCUGGUGACAGUGAGGGCCCAGCCCCAACAGCCCAGAUGGCACAUGUUCGGGCUAGCGGCAGGGCAAAUGGCUGCAACAAGACACAGACCAUUUUCUGCAUUUGUGCUGUGGGCUCAGGGUGGCUCUUAAAGAUGGGGCCCCUUCGUGAGGACAUCCACUCCUAUGUGCUUUCCCUUGCAUCAUGUCCUGUCUGUCUUGGCAAAUGUUUUUCUCGAGGUUUACCCAACCAGUCCAAGGUCACAAGGAAGCCCUUCUGUGUGUCACACAAAAGACCAAGGUCCAGCACUGUCCAAACUUUACUCAGCAAACAGUCACAAAACAGCCCCUGUGUGAGGGGUCAGAGGUGAGCUCUCCGUGGCCUCUGCUACGUGUCACACGUGAAAGCACCAUGCUGUGGGUCAUUGCAGGAUGUUUAACUCAAUUGUUGCAUGAGCCUGGGUGACAAAAUGGCAGAGCAGCUCAGAGAGAGAUGGACGGACAGAAAGCAUGAACCUCUGAGGAGUCAGGUGUUUGUGGAGGAGGGGAUACUGAGCUGGCUUUGGAGCAUGAGAAACACUUCAUCUAGCAGGUGUGGGAACAUGAGUGAGACCUGGAGACGUGUGUGAUGUGGUGAGCCGUGAAGUGUAGGGGACCCCACGGAACUCCUGUGUGGGCCUGCACAGGGCGUGUGGAGGAGACAAGAGGAGGAGGUGGCUGUGCCGGUGGUUCAGUAACAGAGAUCCUAAGCUGGAGGCCGGUGUGUUGUCUGAUCUCUUUCAUCCUAAUUGCAGCGUAGUUUGUGCAUCCUCGCCACACUCCAAGUGUCCCCUGGAGCCUUUCUGUCUCUGACCCUCCUGCCUCCACAUCAGUAGAUACCUCCACACAGCCCUCCCAGGACACUCACCUCUAUCCACAGCUGCUUCUCCAACACCCUCCAGGCCCUCCUGUGUGUGGAAUGAGCUCACCCACAGGGUGACAUCAGGCCACGAUCUGCAGGGCUGGUUUCCCUGAGGCCUCUCCCCUUGGUUUGCAGGUGGCUGUCUUCUCCCUAUGUCCUCACAUGGUCCUCAUCUGCAAAUGCCUGGUUCUAACUUCUUCUCCCCUAAUCUCCACCAGUCCUAUAGGACUAGCCACCCCCCAUGACCUCAUCAUAACUUAGUAACCUCUUUAACGGUUCUAUCCCAAAUACAGUCACACGUUGAAAUACUGAGGUUUAGGGCCUCACUGUAUGAAUUUUGGGAGGAUGUCAACUCAGCCAGCUCACUCUUAUUAUGGUUGCGCUAGCGCCAUGCCUGGCUCCUAGUGGACACCCCAGGAACAGCCAUCCACCCAGAAUGAUGACCGUGGUAUCCCGGACACUCCUUGGCUCGUCACAUCACACUCGUCUCCAGCCGGUCUCUCUGCCUGGAAGUCUCACACCUGUCACCACACCUGCUCUCUGAGGAGGUCCUUUUCAUGCUUCAAAGCCAGCUUAGUGUCUUUCUUUCUGCAAAAAAUGUUCCUGACCUCUCAGAAGUUUAUUCUCUCUCUCUCUCGUCAGGCUUUCUUUCUUUCCAUCGGUCUUUCUCUGAGCUGUUCCACCAUUUUGUGUACCCAGGAACCUGUGACAAUCGAAUUAAACAGGCUGCAAAAAAGAAAGAGAAGAAAAAUAAAUGGAAUUAAACAGCCUUCAAUAACCCCAGCUCGGUGCUUCGAUGCUUGAAUGACUGGUAGCAGAGGCCACACUCAAUCCUCCUCUGCCCUUUGAGUUUUUGCAGCUCUUGACAAGACCAUUUAUAUUCUUAGAAAGCCCACCUUUAUUUCCCUCUCUAGCCACAUGGAUUCUAAGACCUCCUGUUGUGAACUGUAAUCAGAAUGCAGAGAAGUAAUACAAGGUUAGGGCCCAGAACUCCUCCUUCCUCUCCCUGCAGAGACCCAGUUUUUUUUUAAAUAAAUGAUCUUGGUCUUCAGGGGAAGAACUUCCCACCACACUAAGCAGCCAUCUCCAGCCUACCCCUGGCUGUGGGGCUUACUUAGCUCAUCCAUCCAAAGGCUAUUUCCCACGUGCUUAGUAGGCAUCCGGGCACGGAGCUAGUGCAAGCAUAAUGAUAAGAGUGAGCCUGGCAGACACUGCUCCCCCCAAUAACCAGGUAACAAAUAAACAGAACCACAAACUGUGAUGGCAACAAUUCAUCUGUCUACAGAUAUUCACUGACCGUCCACUGCGUGCCUGGCACUGUUCCAAGUGCUAAAGAGAAACAAAGAAAACAAAAAUCUCUGCCCUUGAAGAGGAGACAUUAUAAUGUGACAACAUAACAAUGAAAAGGAAUGAAGAACAAAACAGAAAAGUCAAAUAGAUUGCAUGUCUCUUGAUGACAAGUGCUGCGGAACGAGGCUGUCAUCUGGAUGGAGCACAGAAAGUGGAAUAUGAUGACAUGUCAGCCAAGAGACCUGGGAGACACCACCUUGGCCGAGGGAUCAAGGUUGGCAUUGCCAGCUAUGGUGUACAAAGCUGUGGUGGAGGUGGACGAGUCCGGGACCAGAGCGGCAGCAGCCAUGGGGACAAUCUUCACAUUCAGGUCGGCCCAACUGAGCUCUCCGAGGAUAGUGUUCAACAGGCCCUUUCUGAUGUUCAUUGUGGAGAACAAUAUCCUCUUCCUUGGCAAAGUGAACCGCCCCUGAGGUGGGGCUUCUCCUGAAAUCUACAGGCCUCGGGGUGGGAGAUGAAGGUGGGUGUGCUAUGGCCCAUCCGUAUGCUGGUAGCUAGUGAUUUAUACUGGUUUAGUUGACUAAUGAGGAAUUACAGACAAUAAAAUUACUAAAUAAUGAUUGCUUCCGCCCACACAACCACAAGAUACAGGUGCCUUGGGGAAACUUGGAGAACAUUCAGUCUUGCCCUCACUAUUUAUCAAGAUUGGCAUUGAGAUCCAGAGGGGCGGGUUGACUUGCUCAAGUUCACCAGCAUGUUAGUGGAGGAGACAGGUCCAGAGUCCAGGCCCUUGAGGCCCAGCUCAGUGCCACAAAGCUCAGGAGGACGGUUCCAAUGGGCGAGGGCCACCAGGAAGCACAUGUCCAAGGCUUGUCCCCACCUAUCAGCAACAACUGUCAGUUCAUCCUGUAUGAGAAAAAUACUGGAAUGGGAGUCUGAAAUGGGGUACUCUUUUGGCCCUAACCUGCUGUGUGACGUUGGGGCAACAUUUUUUCUCUCUGGACCUCAGUUUCCCUCUGUAUUCAGGAGCAGAGUUUUGCUGUGAUCCAAGGACUUCUGAAAUCAUAUACAAAGGCUGAGGUGCGCCCUGUCACACAUGGUUGAUUUCAAAACACUCAAGAGCCAUCCAUCUUAUAAGAAAUAUAUCUGGAUAUCAGGGUGGACAUGGCCCAUUUGAUGAUUGAUUAUAUUAUCAUCUUGUGGAUAUGGUUACAAUCUUAUGGGCCUGGAAGGGAGUGGAAGAAGGAAGCCUGUUGCAAAGAGUAGACUAUGAGUUGCAAGUGUCAAUAACUUUUUGAAAUUUAUGUUGGCAUUAACAAUAAAGCCUUUUGCAAACACCGGU